AUGAGCAACACGAAGAUACACUAUCAGCCUCUCCAACGGCGCAGACGCAGAUCCGACCAAGUCUCGCCAACCUCACCUUCAUUUUCCAGACGCUUCCUUGACCGUCCCAAUAGGCUCAGCGAUAGUCUCAGCCCCGCCGAACCUACAUCGGGAACCGACGACUCGGACAGUCCCUCUCGUAAUCUCGCCCUAGGCUCUCCCACCUACGACCGUCUCGCUUCACCUUCCGUCGCUCAAACAUUCAUCAAUGACCAGACUCCUUUUCAACGAGCCUCGGACGAGACUGGUCGGCCUGGAGACCGCACCACUGACGAGGCUGCUCGUCCUGCCACGAGCGAUGCAGUGGACCAUGUCAGUCCUCAUACCAGGCCAGAGGCCAAUCCGCAAGGCUUUUACCACUCAAGACCCUCUCCAGUCUCGUACGUCUCGAGCCCUGCCGAUCACCGAGAAAGAAUAUCUUUAGAUACACCCACAAGGCUAGGGGGCAAUGCCUCCUCUCCAAGCCUGCGCAACCACAGCUUUGAUCGUGCUACGCAUGAUGAGUCUGUUCCAAUCAAGGGACAUGCAGGCAAAAAGAGCAGGUUGAACCUUCUGAACCCAAUGAGUUUACUGGCUCGCCGACGAGUUUCGCAGACGCAGAAGCUAGAAGAUGUCAGUCUAAGCAUAAAGACAUUGUCUGUACCCGCUCUGCCGGACAAUUUCGACCCUAGCAUCCGAGGCAAGGUCGUGCAUGACUUUUCCGCCCCGCGGACUCGCCGGUUGUACUCUCAGAACGACGUCGGCAGCGUGGACUCCCCAGUCUUGCACUCCGGAUAUGGAUCCGAUCCCAGUCGAGUUAAUGAGUCUCCAAAGUUGAGACUGGCAUCGACCGGGACACCACCCGUACCUCAUAGUCCAAUGUUCAAAGAACACUUCCAGGAUGAUAGGCCAUCGUUACAGCCGGAGCGGACUGGUUAUCUGCACAACAUCAGUGCCUUCGGCGGCCCCCAUGGCUCUAACCAGGAGCAGGAGAGUGUUCCGGCUUUUGCAAAACGGCUACCAUCUACAGUACCUCAACCCGGCGUUGAUCAUACAUCUGAAAUGUCCGAUAAGGAAAACCUGCCGCUCCCUUCUCCAGGGGAGCCGUCACCUCCUCCACCCACACCGCCACCUAAAAGGACACCCUCCCCGAAGUUCGAUGUGCCACCACCCGCCACACUUCCCAAACAUAUGACAAGCACGUCUUCCCGAUUUAGUUUCCAGAUUGGUGGGUCGGGCUCCUCUGCACAGGAAAAGCUGCUCGAGGAGAAGCACAAACAGCAUGAAGCGACCAAAAAGAGUACUGCUCCAGACGCCGACGACGAUGAGGACGAAUACGCCAACUAUGACUUUGAGGAAGAUGAUGGUCUGGAGGAGAAAAUCCCCGGUGUCAAUACUGACCUAGACGAUGAUGAAGGAUUUAUUGUUCCGGCAGGUAAUGCUUUGGAAGCGCGAUACGCCGCCCCCGGCGCCGAGGAGACACCGUCUGCAGAGGUGAAUCAUGCAAUCCAACGAGAUUCCUUGCAAGGCUUUCAUUUCACGCCCCAGUCAAUGACUUUCAGCCCUACUAGCACGAAUAAUGCCUCUCAGCCGACCCCAAGGGAUCAUGACGGCUUCGCCAUAGGGAUAGCAGACUCAAGAGAGCCUUCUCAUGAUGAGCAACUGGAUGUCGAUCCCAAAGAUGGAUUGGUCGAUGUCAGCAUGGUGUCUAUGCUCGGUGGUCUGGGGAUCACAUCCACAGGCGCGCAUCCACGGCGGUCGCAACAAUUGUCUCGUCCCCAGGGGCAGGUAUUUGAUGACGAGGACCUAUAUUUUGAUGACGGAGAAUUUGACCAUGAGGAACCCAUCCCAUCGGGAACUCUUUUUGAUGAACAGAUAUUCGAUGAUGAAACGGGCAAGAUUCGAGACCUUCCGGCUGAAAAUGCUCGGAAAUUUGAGGCGGCUCGACUGUCGGCAGGCUUUGACGGAGAAGUCAAGCCGGUAACCCCCUGGGGUCACCAAACGGACGGAAUUCUGUCACAUGGGUUGGAUGGAAGAAUUGGCCCGAAACGAGGCUCGCAAGCUUCCCCUGGUUGUCAGCCGGUGGACCAAAGUUCCUUCAUGCACGAAGGCCACGUCACAGGUCUGACAGAAACAAAUCUGGCUGCUUACCAUGAUGCACUGGCUUUUGCAGCAAAUCAGGCGGCAGCAAACGGGAAGUUCGACCGGAAAGUCAGCUUUGGCCAGAAUUCCGAUGACUCUUGUCAAUCUAGACUCGAAACCAGCCAAAACGGGAUGAUAUCUGAUGACAGCCGCUUCAGUCACAACUUCAGUUCUGCGAUUGCGGAGGACGAUGGGUUCCCAUUUGACGACGACCUGGAAGACGAUCCCAUGAUAGCCGAAGCCAAUGCUGAGGCUCUGGCAAACGACGACGAAGGCUUCUACGGGCAGGAAUUUGGCUUUUACGCCCGCUCGCACGGCAAAGGGAAUUCGGAGCCCGUGAAUGGCGGCUAUUUCGCGGAACGCGGCUCCAAUGGUAUCAAGCGAAGCCACAGUGGCAAGGCCAAUUUCCAAGAGCCCAGUCUAACCCCCAUCACCGAACGUAGCGAGUGGAGUACGAGGAAUUCGGUAGUGUCCCUACAGCUCCCUGGCGGAGUUCCUGCUUCCGCGCAUUCCUUGCCAAGCCCAGGAAUUGCCCAGCUCCUGGAACUGGAUUCUCCGGGCUACGACGACGACGACAUAAGUUUCAGCGCACUACUAAAACUCCGCGGAAGAACCUUUGGCGGCAGUUCUUCGAGUAUAAACAGUUUAGGGAGUGGGCAUCCUGCGAGUUCGCCUCUGGCUCAUAUGUCCAGUCACUCAUUUGCUCAUCCGGAUAUUGGGCAUGGACGCAAGUCAUCAUCAAUCCAGGGCCGCUCGUCACCCGCAGGAAUUCCAGAAUCGGAAGAGGAGGAUGAGGAGGGGGACAGGCCAACAUUGACGCAAAACACGCCGCGGAAGGAGUUGAACGACAUGGUGGCGUUUACGUCGCAGGAAGAGCUUCCCAUGUCACCAGCAUCUUUUGGCGGGGAACGACGGAGAGGUCACCACAGCCGGACCAGUAGUGGUGCAGAAAGUGUCAGCUACGCGCGUGACGCCGAUGGUCGCUGGGUGUUGGAGAGAAGGCGGACGGAUGAGGACAGUGGGACGGAAUUUGUCGACCGAGAAUACAUUGCGGGAGCUCGAAUCUAG